GCUCCGCUGCGCAUGCUGUGCAAUUGGAAUCUGGAGUCGACCACUUGUCCAGUACCUUACUAGUCUGACUUCUUUGUUCCCGUUACGUCCGUUACGCUGAUGAGGACUUGUGAUUGAUUGGGUUUUAGUAUUGACGUUUCAUCCGGGAGCCCCUGCAGCCUGUACCUUCUUUUUCGCAUAAUAAAUUUAAGGAAAAGUCCCGUCAGCGCUCUUAUAAACAGUCCCACCAGGUGCAGGUCUCCAGCGCGAUUUCACGCACCGGGAGACACGACGUAUCAGACACUUCUCACCACUUCUGUACGGGCGGUCUGCGAUGUCUGCCUUCGGUUAGCGGACCGAUCCUGCCUACGAUGGCUUCGAAUAGCCAUGACCGCGGCACCAAUGAUGACAGUCAUCCUACCGAACACUCAAUACCCUUACAAGACCUGUCCGGAUCGUUGUCGCAUGGCACAACAGCCACGGUUGGAAGCAGCUUCCGUCCGGGACGGUCGCUGACCAGGCGCGGUAGCAACUAUGAGAGGGUAGCCGAGGAUUCCCCCAUUGAUGGCCCGAUUGCGACACAAAAUGCACGCCCGCGGCGAGGGUCUGACGCCGCGCCGGUGGACAAUCCAGAGGCAUUCGCCCUGGCAAUGUCUUCCGUCGGACUCAGUUUCGAUGGCCCGGCAAGCCCAAGGACUUCAGCAAGGUAUAGCCGUGAUGAGACCGGUUCCGACUUCGACAUCGUACACUUGGAUAGUUUUGGGCAGCAAGAAGCAGCACAUUACCUAUCCCCGAGCACAGUCGCCGAUACCACGCCGUUAACGGAUGCCCGAAACAUCCAGCCUAUAAGCGGGGCGGCGUCCAGCUCUCUCAGUCUUACGCUAGAUGACCGAAGUAGCGCGCGAACCGUCCACUUUCCUACAAGCAACGCGGGGUCACACCUGGGUGAUGAUUUAGAGGGCGGUUUCAGUGGGAGGCGCCGCGGCGGCAGCAGUGCCACCGACAGGGCUCGCUCGCUGUCCCCAUCAUCGUCUGGCUCUGCUUUGCAACGCGCUAGUUCGAUGAUGAAAUCCAUGUCUCAGCGUGUCGUCAAUCUGAGUAACGAACCCGAAGUGGUUGAGCAGUCGAUCCUCCGAGAAGAGUCACAAAGGAGCGCGCGACUAGAUGCACCCCCGGCUCUCCCUUCGCUGCCAGGAUAUGCACACGAUGAGCCAUCUACUCCGUCGCUGGAGAGUCAAGCAAAAUGGAAAGAUCAUAACAACCCGUUGAGGGGCAAGGCACUCGGAAUUCUGGGUCCUAGCAACCCUAUUCGGGUGAGGCUGUGUGAUCUGCUUGUCCAGCCAUUUACAGAACUAUUUAUCUUGGUGGUAAUUUUCAUCCAAAUGAUCUUACUGACUAUCGAGACGGCACGUCCAGAGUUUACAAGGUCAGAGCGGUGGGGAGGAAAUCCUAUGGACUAUCCUUAUUUUGUCAUCUUCAUAAUUUACACUCUUGAACUCAUCGCCAAAAUCUUGGUGUCCGGGCUUAUUCUCAACCCGGCCGAAUAUAGUACCAUCGAUCGAUCCCUGGGGUUUAGGAAAGCAUUUAUGGAGAAAGGAAAGAACCUCAUUACUCCACAACGCCAGUUCUCUACGAGAAGGCCGUCGGCUAUUCCGGACCAGCCGCAAGCAUCAAUUAUACGAACAUUUACUGGCGGCUUGAACCAACUAGAUCGGCAAAUAGCCGAGGACCCUGUCCAGAAACGUCGUGUGCGCCUCGCUCACCGAGCUUUUCUCCGACAUUCUUUCAAUCGGCUCGACUUUGUGGCCGUAGUCGCCUAUUGGAUAGCUUUCUUUCUUGCUAUAGAAGGGGUUGAGAGUCGCCAGCAGCUCUAUGUCUUUCGCAUGCUGAGCUGUCUUCGGCUUUUACGUCUUCUUGCCCUGACCAAUGGCACCUCUGUGAUUCUUCGCAGUCUCAAGAAGGCAGCUCCACUGCUGGCCCAUGUUGCCUUUCUCAUUGGGUUUUUCUGGCUCCUCUUUGCUAUCGUGGGCAUCCAAAGUUUUAAAUCAAGCUUCCGAAGAACUUGUCAAUGGAUUGGUAAAGAUGGCCAGGAAAACUUUACUCUAAAUGAUCCUGAUGGGAGCCUUCAGUUUUGCGGGGGUUAUAUCAAUGAAACCACUGGCAAGGCACAUCCUUGGAUCCCAAAAUCUGAUAACUCACAAUCCCCACCUUCGGCUAAGGGUUACCUAUGUCCUGCCGGAUCUAUAUGCAUCGAAAAUGACAUGCCUUACAAAGGGACUAUGAACUUCGAUAACAUUCUGAAUUCGCUGGAGCUGGUAUUCGUCAUCAUGAGCUCAAACACGUUCACAGAUCUUCUUUACUAUACCACUGACACUGAUUAUCUUGCAGCUGCUCUUUUCUUCGUAUGCGGUUUCAUCAUCCUGAGCCUGUGGUUAGUGAACUUGUUAGUUGCUGUUAUCACACAUACUUUCCAAGUGAUCAGAGAAGAGAGUAAACGGAGCGCUUUCGCAGUUCAGAAGCUGGACAAUGUCGAAAAAGAGAAUCUUGACUCCCGCAAAAGAAGCACUGUCAAGCGCUUCUAUGAUAAGACUGAGUGGCUCUGGGUUUGUAUCAUCACUUUCGAUCUAGUUGUCCAAGCGCUAAGAACCUCUUCCAUGACCCCUGGUCGAAGAAAUUUCAUCGACAACACGGAAACCAUUGUGACGCUUAUUCUUCUAGCCGAAAUUAUCUUGCGUUUUGCCUCUGAUUGGCGCAAAUUCCACAAGAAGCGUCGUAACUGGGUCGAUCUGGGGCUCGCGAUCAUCACCUGUAUCAUUCAGCUUCCGCCUAUUCGGGACUCGGGACGAACAUAUACUGUUCUCACCAUGUUUCAGAUUCUUCGGGUAUAUCGCGUGGUGCUGGCGAUUCCUAUCACCAGGGACCUCAUUACGGUUGUCUUCCGGAACACUGUUGGUUUACUAAACCUGAUCGGUUUCUUGUUCAUGAUCACAUUCAUUGCCUCUAUCUUCGCAACCCAGCUUUUUCGAGGCGCAAUACCUGAAGAUGAAGGUGCUGCUAUCAAUUUCAACAACAUAUAUAAUUCUUUUCUUGGGAUGUAUCAAAUAUUGUCCAGCGAGAAUUGGACGGAGAUUUUGUACAACCUAACUACAUCCACUUAUCCCUACAAUACAGCCUGGAUAUCUGCGACCUUCUUGAUCUUGUGGUUUAUUGUGGCAAAUUUCAUCGUCUUGAACAUGUUCAUUGCCGUCAUCCAGGAGAGCUUUGAUGUGUCAGAAGAUGAGAAACGACUCCAGCAAGUCCGGGCAUUCUUGAAGCAAAAGCACCUCAAUGGAUCUUCACAAGGAAACCUAUCCCUUUCCAAAAUCUUUCGGUUCGGCCGGAGUUCAGACCGUUACAAGGAGCCUUUGGACUAUGGUCCGGCAGCACUAGAAAUGUUGUUAAAGGACGCUGUUGUGCAGGAGUUCCUCGACGAGCAGCAAACGCCCGCCGAACAUCAACGGAGAGAAAGUGGACCUGCGGAAACAACAACAACAACAGAGGAUACGGGUCAGCCUGGUACAUUCUCGCGCAUGUGGACUACCAUCUCAACGUCCAUCAUGCGUCGAGAGCCGAAUCCAUUUUAUACCAACUUGAAUAAAUUCUCUCGGGCAAAUGAAGAGUUAGACCCGAGGGAAAUGGCUAAGGAGGUCGUAUCGGCCACUGAACAAAGGAAGCGAGCACAGAGGGAGUAUCUCAUGAGGCACCCGAACUAUAACAAAUCCCUGUUCAUCUUUGCACCGGAUAACCCUAUCCGAAGGUUAUGCCAACGCAUUGUGGGACCUGGGCGUGGUCACCAGCGCAUUGAAGGCGUAGACCCUUAUAAACCUGUCUGGUAUGCGUUCUCCGCGUUCGUCUAUGCAGCCAUCAUCGCUAUGGUUCUUAUUGCUUGCAUCACCACACCGAUUUAUCAACGUGAGAACUAUCCGACAAGAAGACUAUGGUUCGUUUACACCGAUAUGGGCUUUGCGAUUUUGUUCACACUUGAAGCCCUGAUCAAGGUCAUCGCGGAUGGGUUUUUCUGGACACCAAAUGCCUACUUUCGCGGUUCUUGGGGGUUUAUUGAUGGGGUUGUACUUAUCACCCUCUGGAUCAACGUUGGGGGUGCAAUGUAUGAAGAUUGGGCUGUCUCGCGAUCUGUCGGCGCUGUCAAAGCGCUAAGGGCGCUGAGGCUGCUGAACGUCAGUGACAGUGCCAAAGACACAUUCCAUUCAGUUAUUAUUGUGGGCGGAUGGAAGGUCAUAGAGGCAGCUGCUGUUUCGAUGAGUUUUUUGAUACCAUUUGCUAUAUACGGUGUCAAUUUGUUUGCCGGUCAAAUGGUUAAGUGCAAUGAUGACAACGUGACCGGGAGUUUGAACGAGUGUAUCAAUGAGUAUUCUAGCUCCCCGUACAAUUGGGACGUACUCGCACCUCGGGCCGCAUCGAACCCGUUCUAUGACUUUGACAAUUUCUUUGACUCUCUCUUUAUCCUCUUCCAGAUUGUCUCUCAAGAAGGAUGGACGGAUGUGCAGUCAAGUGCAAUGAGUAUCACUGGGGUCGACAUGCAGCCACAGGAAUCAACAGCUCCAGAGAACGGGCUUUUCUUCGUUGUAUUCAACCUGCUUGGUGCCGUUUUCGUGUUGACGCUCUUCGUAUCUGUCUUCAUGCGAAACUACACCGAGCAGACUGGUGUUGCGUAUCUUACUGCCGAGCAGCGAUCUUGGCUGGAGUUGCGGAAACUUCUCAAGCAGGUAUCGCCUUCCAAGCGCUCGUUUGAUAAAAAGAGCCAUAAGUGGAAGAUGUGGUGCUAUCGGAUCGCCGUUAAGAAACACGGGCGAUGGGCACGAUGUGUAUCCACCAUUCUACUACUUCAUAUUCUAUUGCUAGUUUUGGAAUACUACCCGGAGCCCUUUCUAUUCGAGUUUUGCAGAGAGGUGUUGUUUCUCAUAUUCAACUUUUUCUACGCUGCGAAUCUCAUUAUCCGGCUGUUCGGACUGGGCUGGCAUCGAUUUAGUAGAAGCUCCUGGGACCUUUAUUCGUUGCUUGUAGUCCCCGGUACCAUCGUGAUGACAAUCCUAAAUUUCGUGUCGAACCGGCAAGUCAUCGUGGAGCUCAGCAAGCUCUUCCUUGUGGCCAUUACCCUCUUGAUCAUUCCACGGAACAACCAACUUGAUCAGCUUUUCAAGACAGCCGCAGCUAGUUUGACGGCAAUAGGUAACCUCCUUGCAACCUGGUUGGUCCUUUUCCUUGUCUUCGCUAUUGCGUUGAACCAAACCUUUGGUCUUACCAAAUUCGGUGGAGAGGGAAACAGCAAUAUCAACUUUCGAGACAUCCCCAGGUCACUCAUCCUGCUCUUCCGAAUGAGCUGCGGUGAAGGAUGGAAUCAAGUAAUGGAAGACUUCGCCACAAUGGUACCUCCGAUCUGUACGUCUGAUGACGAUUUCUUGAACGACGACUGUGGCAGUGCGGCAUGGGCUCGAACACUUUUCAUUGCGUGGAACAUUAUUAGCAUGUAUAUUUUCGUCUCGUUGUUCGUAUCUCUGAUAUUCGAGAGCUUCUCGUAUGUGUAUCAGAGAAGCAGCGGGCUCUAUGCAAUCAGUCGUGAGGAAAUUCGUCGCUUCAAGCAAGCCUGGGCGACGUAUGACCCUGAUGGGACCGGAUAUAUCUCUAAAGAGCAAUUCCCACGACUACUGGGGGAGCUCUCGGGUGUUUUUUCGAUGCGCAUAUAUGACGAUGAAUUCACGAUCGGACGCAUCUUGGAGGAAUGUAGAGUUGAUAGGAGAGACUCGCUAAUUGGGCAUCGAAGGGUGGUCGACGGGGUAGACCUUGAGAAGAUGGCUAAGAUUCUGCGACGUAUCCCAGUUGACGAUGUCCGUGAGCGACGGCAACGACUCAACACUUUCUAUGAGGAAGUCAAGGUUUCCGCAGACCCAGUGCGCGGCAUCUCAUUCCACUCAUGCCUUAUGAUCCUCGCACAUUACAAUGUGAUCAACGACAGCAAGAGCUUGAAGCUUGAAGAGUUCUUACGUCGACGAGCGAGGCUCCAACGCGUCGAGGAAGCCGUUCGUCGACAGACGGUCAUUGGGUUCUUCGACACCCUCUACUGGUCUCGGCAAUUCCGCCGACAAGUCGAGCGUAGUCGAUCUGCUCGGAUGACCGCAGUGCCGAACUUCACGGUGCCGGAGAUCUUUGUGGACGAUGGAACCCAGGACGACCAUCCCGAAGAAGAGGUGAGGGCGACGGCGCCAGAAACCGGUGAUGAUCAUGGGGAAUCGUCGUCGCAGCCCAUGCUGUCACCCCUCUCGCCCACACGAGGGGAAGGUGGCUCGUCAUCGCAGGCCGGUCACCUCCCACGGAUUGACACGACUUUAGCUGGGCGGAUGUCGGCGACGCAUUCCCCUACCGAGUGGUCUAGCAUCAGCCCGUCGCUCUCGCCGAACCGUCCUCGAGCGAAUACGACGUCAUCAUAUGGAGAUGGGCCGGAUCUGCAUGACGAGUCGUCUUUGGCACCCGGGCGAUCACGACAGAACAGUGUUAUGAGUGCACAAGACGUGAUGCAAACGUUGGAUGACUCGGUUUGGGGUGAAAGUAUCCGUCGGAGCUUUACCCAGCGUCGACGACGGGAUAGCUGAAAGGCCG